CAGCUUCUGGAUGAAUCACGGCCCAAAACAAAACGGGGCCAGCAACACCUCACACAAGGCUGCGGGUUUCUGCCACCCGGCCAUGUCAUUCCACGACCCCGUACAAGAACCGAACGAAAAAUGACUGAACCAGGUGCCAACGACACGCCUGGCAGCUUCGAUCUCGAACAAGCCAAGGCUGCACUGACCUCGUCGUCGACAACUUCCCGGAUCGCCCAAUUGCGGGGAGUUGACGAGAAGCUCUCGCAAAAGGCCCUCGACAGGACAACGACUCUCGGAAUCCUCAAGGUGCUCUUCUGGACACAUGCCUUCUAUACCGACCGACCAUCUCGACAAGCAGUACAAAAAUGUCUGGUAUCGCUAUGCCAAGUAGGGAAUACCGACAUCCUCACACCUCUCGUUGCCGCGAUCCGCCAGGAGGCCCAGAAACCAGGGAUUGCGCCUGACAGUGCGUUUGUGCUAGUAGAGUGGUGCAGCCUGUUGACGCAGAACUUGUCGGGCACACCAUUAUGGGACAAGUUCGGCAAGGAUGUCACACUGGCUACGGCCGAUGGCCUGGACAAGUGCCUACAACCCACAGCAAAGGGGACAGUAGGCACGUCGGCCCUGGUCAUCACAAGGCGGGGCCUCCGAAAGCUGGCCUCAGCAGACCAAAAGGGGAUCGAUGCCGCCAUCCAACUCCUGGCCGCCAAGGGAAGCCAACCCGUCGCCAAACAUGCGGUGCUGCUGGGGGCUAUUGCGGGCGUCUGCUCUCGCAAGCCAGAAGUGAAACCCGUCGUUGAGGGGUUGAAGGGCCAGUACUUCGCCUUCUACAUUCGCGAAAUCGUCGGGUCACGGACACCGAUUCCCGCCCAUCUCGCGGACGGCCUUGCCGAUUUCUUUUCCGCCUUUGCCUCGCUUGAGGAUCUCGAAAAGGAGGUGUUCCCGGCGCUGGAGAAGGGCUUCCUGAGAGCUCCCGAGGUGGUGUUGAACGACCUGAUCACGCCCCUCGUGCGCUCCGUGUCUCAGUUUGACCUGUCCAAAGCCCUGAGCGGACGCUUCAUCAAGCCGCUACUAUCCAACAUCAAAUCAUCCAAUGCCGCCAUCCGCAGCGGCGCCGUGGCAGCCUUUAGAGCGAUUUCCUCCACCUGUCAAGACCCCGCGCUUCUAGAACCGGUCGCCGACGAAGUUCUUGGGCCCUUGAAAUCUGGCAAGCUUGCCUCCGCCGACCACAGGGUUCUUCAUUCAGAAAUGCUGGUUUCCCUGCCCUCGUCGAAAAGCAUCGCAACCAAGAUUGCUUCCGGACUUCCUGCCGUAGUCGGCAAGGAGGCAAAUGAGGCGGCCCUGAGUGCCGAGACUCUGGCUCUAAACGCCAGUGCCGCUACUCUUCUUCGCGAUACCGAGGUGCCGAAACCACUCCUGGAUGCAUACGCUAAAGGCCUGGCCGAUAAAAAGCCACCAGUACGGCGGCUUUGGAUUCUUCGUACUGGAGAUCUCCUACAGAAGUUUACCGAGGAUGCUCAAGGGGAGCUAUCCAAAGGGGCAGUGGCCUUUGCCGAAGCCACCGUCCCACCCCUCCUGUCCGCGUUCAAUGAUGUUACCGCAAACCCAGUGGCCGCCGCACAGAGUGGGCUUGUCACUGGGGCACUGGUGGUAUGUGGCCUCGGAGCUCUUCUUAGCCGCCUCGAAAGCGCCAGUGUACAAUCACUGGUGAAGAAGGCAUCCAUACAAAAGAACAGCUUGGCUGUAGAGCCAAAACCUUCGUUCCUACUUAAUCAACGGAUAUACAGCAAAUUCACUGAAGACGACCUCAAGUGGCUCUGUCGUGCUCUGUCCGAGAUAGUACCCGCCCUUGACUCCAGCUCUGACGCGGUCAAGGUUGCGUGGGCGCAGGCCUAUCUCUACCUCGUUUGUUCGACAGCCUCAUCUCCCGCUGUGCGCCGGCAGGCCCUCCAGGCACUUUCCGAUCUCUGUGCUCGCACCAUCGGCGGUGAAGGAGUCUCUGUUUCGGCAGCAAUCAUCAAUGGUGUAUGGCAUUGGGUCGAAGCCACGGAAACGGCCGAGAAAGAGAGUGCAGCCGUGUUGGCCAAAUCCGGCAAUUCCAACCUUCACCUAGUUCUCAGGUCGAUCUGCCUUACCCCUCAAGAGUUUGGGGACCGAGCCGGCCCUGGAGUGGACAAGUCCCAACUCGAAGCUCAAAUGUGCUCUCUCCUCGUACUAGCUAAGCCCCAACUUAUCCCUCGGGCGAGCUGGAUCCAGCUCUGCUUGCGGGUGGAACUGGACCCUGGUGACUUGGCGAAGAAGUACGAGGAGCCUUUGAUCCAGGAGAUUGUCGGGCGAACCGGGUUCGGCCAGAAGUCCGAGUCCGCCAAAAGUGCGGCUUACAGCGCGGCCGCCGAGCUCGUCUUUGUCGCCCCCGAAACCAUGACCCCUCGCAUCAUUGCCCUCAUUCGAGAGGACCUUGACGCUACCCAGCUUCAGGGAAUUGGCCCUCUCGAGGCCGCCAUCUUCCGCACCCCUGAAGGGACGGCGUUUGUGGAUGUCCUCGCGAAGAAGCAGAACGUCGUCCCAAAUAAAAACGUCAAGGACUACGACACGUUGAAGUGGGAAGAAGAACUAAGGGCACAGUUGGCCCAAAAGAAGGGCACGCAAAAGAAGCUCACCGCGGAUGAAACUGCAAAAGUCAACGCCCAGCUUAAGAAGGAGGGCGAGAUCCGCGAAAAUGUCCGGCAAGCCGCUGCCAAGUUGUUGCGCGGCUUCGGCAUUGUCAAGGGUCUCGCAACUGGCCCGCCCUCGGAUGCCAGCCGCUGGAUGGGUCCUGCUGUCCACGCUACUCUGGCGUCUAUCAACGCAGGAGCGUCGCUCAUCACUGCAGAAACCGGGCCGAUGGCGCUCAUCUCCUGCGCAGGCCAAGCUACUUCGCGCCUUGGAACCAUCCGCCCAUUCAUCGGAGCGGCCACGUUGCGCGCCCACGAGGUCUCCGCGCUCCCGGAAUCCCUGACCCAGGAGCCCUUUGAGGAUGUAGUCACAAGAGUGCUCUACCGUCUUCGCUUUGCCGGCGAACAGCGGCCCUUCGACCCCGUCACUCUCAUCUAUAUCCUACCGCUUGUUAUGUUGGUUCUUGAGAAGGGGGGCUUUGGCGCCAACGCCGAUGACCGAGAUGCCCAGUUGGUCCUUGCCAUCGAGACCCUAUCCUUCCACACGAAUGUUGCGGCAGACGAGGUCAUUCCGCGCGGCGAAAUCCUCCAUGCCCUCAUUUCCUCGAUGGAAAAGUACAGCCAACACUACAAGAUCAUCAAGGACUGUUUCUCUGACAUGGUACGGUGCGUCGCUCCGAAUAUGACCAUCGAAGAGACCGGUGUCCUAUCGCGCGGCACCAUCGUUCCCAAGGCCAGCGUGCGGACCGCAGUGCUGCAAGCAAUCAGCGCCGAGGUCGACAUGAGCGAGGCGGGCGUGUCGGAAGAGAUUUGGGUUGCGUGCCACGAUGACAUCGAAGAGAACGUGGAUCUUGGCCGCGAGAUCUGGGAGGAGAGCGAGUUCCAAACAUCAGAGGAACUUGCGCACAAGAUGUUGCCCUAUUUGGAGAGCAAGGACACCCAGCUUCGGCGCGCCGCUGCCAAGUCCCUGGCGGAGACAUCCAGCGAACACCGUACCGUCAUCACCCCCGUUCUCGAGAAGCUCCGGGCGUCGUAUGUCGAACUCGCAAAGCCGCGCGUUCAACAGUUGGACGAGUUUGGCAUGCCAAAGAAGAUGGACCUGUCGGAUCCUUGGGAGGCACGACACGGCAUCGCCAUGGCCUUCAGGCACCUUGCUCCUCAUCUAGAGAAGUCACAACUCGAACCCUUCUUCAACCUUCUCAUCGAGCAGGGCCCGCUCGGUGACCAAAACGCAACGGUGCGUGGCGAGAUGCUUGACGCUGCCAACACCGCCAUCGAAGUCCAUGGCAAGGGCAUUCUAGACAAGCUUAUGAAGACGUUCGAAAAGACCCUGGAAGCGCCUGACAAGCACUCGGAGGCUGCGGACCGCGUCAAUGAGGCCGUCAUCAUUAUGUAUGGUGCACUAGCCCGCCAUCUGAAGCCUGGGGACAAGAAGAUCCCCGUUGUCAUUGAACGGCUCCUUGCAACUCUAAGCACGCCGUCCGAGGCAGUGCAAUACGCCAUCGCCGAAUGCCUUCCGCCUCUCGUCCGGACCUGCGGUGACAAAUCGGCCAAGUACUUCGAUCAGGUCCUCGAAACAAUGCUGACGUCCAAGAAAUACCCCGAGCAGCGUGGAGCCGCCUAUGGUCUGGCAGGUCUCGUGCUUGGCAGAGGUAUCAGCGUCCUAAGAGAGUACCGCAUCAUGAUCACCCUCAGCAGUGCUCUAGAGAAUAAGAAAGAGAUCAACCAGCGGGAAUCUGCCAUGCUGGCAUAUGAGCUUCUCUCUACCAUUCUCGGCCGACUUUUCGAGCCGUAUGUGAUCCAAAUCGUGCCACAACUGCUCACAGGAUUUGGCGACGGCAACGCCGAUGUACGCGAUGCUGCGCUGGCAGCAGCCAAGGCAUGCUUCGCGUCGCUAAGUUCGUACGGCGUCAAGCAAAUCUUGCCAACGCUCCUGGACGGCCUUGACGAGGACCAAUGGCGCAGUAAAAAGGGCGCAUGCGACACGCUCGGUGCCAUGGCUUAUCUUGACCCCCAGCAACUUGCUCAAAGCCUGCCGGAAAUUAUCCCGCCGCUGACAGCCGUCUUGAAUGACAGUCACAAGGAGGUUCGAUCCGCUGCGAACAAGAGCUUAAAGAGAUUCGGUGAGGUUAUCACCAAUCCCGAGGUCAAGGGCCUCGUCGACAUCCUCCUCAAAGCGCUCAGCGACCCGACAAAGUACACCGACGAAGCUUUGGAAUCGCUUAUCAAGGUCCAGUUCGUGCAUUACCUCGAUGCCCCGUCCUUGGCCCUUGUCAGCCGCAUCCUCCAGCGCGGCCUCGGCGACCGGUCCAACACCAAGCGCAAGGCUUCCCAAGUCAUUGGCAGCUUGGCACAUCUCACUGAGCGCAAGGACCUUAUUGCGCACUUGCCCGUGCUUGUGGCCGGCCUCAAAACCGCCGUUGUCGAUCCGGUGCCGACUACCCGUGCGACUGCCUCUCGUGCUCUCGGGUCACUCGUAGAAAAGCUCGGCGAGGACGCGCUGCCGGAUCUCAUCCCCGGUCUCAUGCAAACUCUCAAGUCCGACACCGGUGCUGGCGACAGACUCGGUUCUGCCCAAGCACUCAGCGAGGUUCUCGCCGGCCUGGGUACAUCAAGGUUGGAGGAGACGCUCCCUACCAUCCUACAAAAUGUCGAAUCUACCAAGUCGUCCGUCCGCGAGGGUUUCAUGUCGCUAUUUAUCUUUUUGCCCGUCUGCUUCGGCAACAGCUUCGCCAACUACCUCGGCAAGAUCAUCCCACCCAUCCUCUCUGGUCUUGCCGACGACGUCGAGACCAUCCGUGAGACGGCUCUUCGGGCUGGUCGGCUGCUGGUCAAGAACUUUGCUGUACGCGCAGUUGACCUACUUCUCCCCGAACUGGAGCGUGGUAUGGCCGAUGACAGCUAUCGCAUCCGUCUCAGCUCAGUCGAGCUUGUGGGCGACCUGCUCUUCAACCUCGCGGGCAUCAAGGCCAAUGACGAGGAGGAAGAGGAAGAAGAGGACCAGGAGGUCACCAGAGAAGCUGGUGCGUCCCUCCGCGAGGUCCUGGGAGAAGAGAAGCGGAACAAGAUCCUCUCCGCGCUGUACGUCUGUCGCUGCGAUACUGCCGGUUCUGUGCGCUCCGCUGCCGUUAGCGUGUGGAAGGCCCUGGUUCACAGCCCGCGGAUGCUCAAGGAGUUGGUCCCUACACUCACCCAGCUUAUUAUCCGGCGCCUGGGCAGCUCCAACAUGGAACACAAGGUUAUUGCCAGCAACGCCCUUGGCGAGCUCAUCCGCAAGGCCGGCGACAGCGUCCUGGCUACACUCCUUCCUACACUCGAGGAAGGGCUACAGACAUCACACGACGUGGACGCCAAGCAGGGCAUCUGCCUGGCUCUCAAGGAGCUCAUCUCAUCCGCCUCGCCAGAGGCCCUCGAAGACCACGAGAAGACGCUCAUCUCGGUCGUGCGCACAGCUCUCACGGACUCAGACACCGACGUCCGCGAGGCCGCGGCCGAGGCGUUCGACUCGCUGCAGCAAAUCCUCGGCAAGCGGGCCGUCGACCAGGUUUUGCCUUUCCUCCUCAACUUGCUCCGCUCCGAGGAAAACGCGAACAAUGCGCUUGCCGCCCUUCUCACCCUACUUACCGAGUCUACACGGUCCAAUAUCAUUUUGCCGAACCUUAUCCCUACCCUCAUCACGCCACCUAUUUCGGCCUUCAAUGCCAAGGCGUUGGCCUCCCUGUCCAAGGUCGCCGGUGCUGCUAUGAACCGCCGGCUGCCGAACAUCAUCAACUCGCUCAUGGACAACAUUGUCAACUGCACCGAAGAGGAGCUACGGAAAGACCUCGAUACCUCGUUCGACACGGUCAUCCUGUCCAUUGAUGAGUACGACGGCCUUAAUGUGGUCAUGAACGUGCUGCUACAGCUCAUCAAGCACGAGGACCACCGCAAGCGUGCCGCAACGGGCCAUCAUCUUGCCAAGUUCUUCGCGGCGUCGGAUGUGGACUACUCGAGAUACAACCAAGACAUCAUCCGCGGCCUCCUAAUAUCGUUCGAUGACAGAGAUAUGGACGUUGUCAAGUCGGCAUGGAGCGCACUACAGGAGUUCACGAAGCGACUCAAGAAAGAGGAGAUGGAGGCCCUUGUCCAGUCCACGAGACAAGCACUCCUGCACGUUGGUGUUGCAGGCCACAACCUGCCCGGCUUCGAGCUUCCCAAGGGCAUCAACGCCAUCCUGCCCAUCUUCCUGCAAGGUCUCAUGAAUGGUACAGCGGAUCAGAGAGUAUCGGCUGCCUUGGCCAUCUCGGACAUCGUCGACAGGACGAGUGAAAGCUCGCUCAAACCAUUCGUCACGCAGAUUACUGGUCCGCUCAUCCGUGUGGUCUCGGAGCGCUCUACCGAGGUCAAGUCGGCCAUUCUCCUCACUCUCAACAACCUGCUCGAGAAGAUGCCCACGGCGCUCAAGCCCUUCCUGCCUCAGCUGCAGCGCACGUUCGCCAAGUCGCUCGCCGAUACUUCGAGCGACGUCCUUCGGAGCCGGGCUGCCCGCGCACUCGGCACGCUUAUCAAGUUUACCCCGCGUGUCGACCCUCUCAUUGCCGAGCUGGUGACGGGAUCCAAGACAACCGAUGCCGGCGUCAGGACCGCCAUGCUCAAGGCGUUGUACGAGGUCAUCAGCAAGGCGGGCGCCAACAUGGGCGAGAGCUCGCGCACGGCCGUCUUGGGGUUGAUUGAUACCGAGACCGACGAACGCGACACCGCGAUGACUGUGACCAACGCCAAGCUGUUCGGCGCUCUCGUCAAGAACGUGUCGGCAGAAGUGGCGACCGGGCUGCUAAAGAACCGAGUCAUGACGCGCGACUUCAGCAACUCGAGCGUCCUGGCCCUGAACGCCGUGCUCCUUGAGAGCGCGGACACCCUGUUGGACUCGCCCCUGGCAGACGACCUGCCCGAGCUGCUGUGCCAGGGGAUGGAGAGCAAAGAUCCCUCGAUCGUCGACAACUUCAUCGUGGCCACAGGCAAGUACCUGCUCAGCGACGCAGCCAAGCCCUUCGAGAGCACCAAGGCCAUCUUCACGACGCUCGCACAAACAAUCCCGCCCGGCGGACCGACCGACUCACGCCGCCUCGCGCUGGUCGUCGCGCGCACGCUCGCGCGCGCCCACCCGGACAUGGUGCGCCCGCACCUCGGCAUGCUGGCCCCGCCGGUCUUCGCCUCGGUCCGCGACGUCGUCAUCCCCGUCAAGCUGGCCGCCGAGGCCGCCUUCGUGCAGCUCUUUGCCGUCGCCGACGAGGAGGCGAAGGUGUUUGACAAGUGGAUUGCUGCUGCCGCGGAUUUGCAGCCGAAUGUCAAGCGCAGCAUGCAGGACUACUUCAAGCGCGUUGCGCUGCGGCUGGGCGCGCAGGUCAGGGAGCGCCGUGAGGCGGAGGGCGGUGCCGGGGGGUUGGGCCUGGCGAAUGAUGAGGUGGAGGAUGAGAAGGAGAUUAUGGCGGUGGGGAAGGUGGAUGUUGGGUCGGAUGUGUUUUCGGCGGAGUAGAUAGGUAGGUGGGUGGUUGAUGGGGGGGUGUCUGUGUC